CAAAAUCGAGGGAGCGAGCUUCUUUCCAUAUAAACUUCCCUCGUCCACUUGACGAAGUGAAACGCACUUUAAGUGGUAAGAGGGAUUUAGUGUUUACGGAGGUUCGCGAGUGCGUGUCCUGGAGUGGAACGCAGCCAUGAAUGUUAUAUAAUAGUGGGAGGAUUCCAUGUUCCAGUGUAUAUACGUUAUGCGUAUGAGAAUGUUGAUCAAAAGACCACUGUAGCGUCUAAACUGCCGCAAAUUACACAAGAAGAAGAAGAAGAAAAAGUGUUGAUAAAUCGAGUGAAACAGUUAGCCAUCAGUCAAAAUGCUGGAAUGGAUUCUGGUGUUGACGUGCAUCUUCAUUCUUUUUCUUUACAUCCGCAUUUCAAGACCCAAGAACUUUCCUCCUGGACCACGUCCAGUACCAUUUUUUGGAAAUCUGCUCCAACUCAACAUGGCCAAUCCUUUGAAAGACUUUAAGAGGCUGGAAAAUCGCUAUGGAAAGGUUUACAGUUUGUACAUUGGAUCAAGACCAACAGUAGUGCUUAAUGGUUUUGAGGUUAUAAAGGAAGCUCUUGUUACUAAGGCGGUCGAGUUUGCUGGACGCCCACAAGACCUCAUGGUGAACCAUGUCAUGGAGGGAGGAGGUGUUAUUGUGGUUGACUAUGGCCCUACUUGGAAAGAACACAGACGCUUUGCUCUCAUGACCCUGAGAAACUUUGGUCUGGGGAAGCAAACAAUGGAGGAGAGGAUUCUGGGAGAGAUUUCGCAUAUUGUUGAUAAACUGAAUAAAGCUGUUGGAAGCUCCAUUAAUCCUCAGACUAUGUUCCACAAUGCUGCAUCAAAUAUCAUCUGCUUGGUUCUGUUUGGAGCCCGCUUUGAUUAUGAUGAUGAAUUCCUCAAGCGUUUUAUUGAAAUCUAUACAGAGAAUGCAAAGAUCACCAAUGGACCAUGGGCUAUGAUUUAUGAUGCUUUGCCUAUGGUGAGAAGUCUGCCCUUGCCCUUUAAGAAGGCUUUUACAAAUGGCACUAAAGUCAAACAGAUGUCUUCAAAUUUGAUCAACGAGCACAAGAAGACCAGAGUCCCAGGAGAGCCGAGGGACAUCAUUGACUGCUAUCUGGAUGAGCUUGAUAAGAGAGGUGAUGAUGGUUCCAGCUUUUGUGAAGACCGACUUAAAUGGUUCAUUUUGGAUUUGCACUUUGCAGGGACUGAUACUACCUCCAACACCCUCCUUACUGGAUUCCUCUACCUCAUGAAUCACCCCGAAGUUCAAGCGAGAUGUCAGCGAGAGAUUGAUGAAGUUCUGGAAGGUAAAGAUCAGGCGUCUUUUGAAGACAGACACAAUAUGCCGUACACACAGGCUGUGAUUCAUGAAAUUCAGCGUGUGGCAAACACCGUACCACUAAGUGUGUUUCACUGCACCACCAAAGACACAGAGCUGAUGGGUUACAACAUCCCAAAAGGAACAAUUGUUAUUCCUAAUCUAAGUUCUGUACUGAAUGAAGAAGGUCAGUGGAAGUUUCCUCAUGAGUUUAAUCCAGCCAACUUCCUGAAUGAUGAAGACCAGUUUGUGAAACCUGAAGCCUUUAUGCCAUUUUCUACUGGGUCCCGUGUGUGUCUUGGUGAGGGUCUUGCUCGUAUGGAGCUCUUCCUGGUCCUCGUCACUCUGCUGCGUCGAUUCCAGUUUGUUUGGCCUGAAGAUGCCGGGGAACCAGAUUACACCCCUGUGUUUGGAGCCACACUCACACCCAGGCCCUACAGAAUGCACAUCAGACACAGAGAACCAGCCAAAUAAUUAGGGCCCGAGCACCUUCUGCUUCUGCUUCUUCUGCUGCAUCUUCUGCUUCUUCGACUUCAAAAUUAAUCACAUUUUUGAGGGACUAAAUUUGCUCGAAAUCUUAUUAAACUUUGCACACACAUCAGUAGAGGUGUUAAUGAGACCAGCAGGGGGUGCUCACCCUGUGGUCUGUGUGGGUCCUAGUGAUGGGGACACUAUACUGUCAAAAAGCACCGUCUUUCAGAUGAGACGUUAAACCGAGGUCCUGACUCUCUGUGGUCAUUAAAAAUCCCAGGAUGUCAUUCGAAAAAGAGUAGGGUUGUGCCCCGGCAUCCUGGCCAAACUUGCCUAUUGGCCUACUAAACAUCCCCUCAUAUACUAAUUGGCUAUAUCACUCGGUCUUCUCUCCACUAAUAAGCUGGUGUGUGGUGGGCGUUCUGGCGCAAUAUGGAUGCCGUCGCAUCAUCCAGGUGGAUGCUGCACAUUGGUGGUGGUCGAGGAGAUUCCCCCAUUCAUAUGUAAAGCACUUUGAGGUCUGCAGAAAAAGCACUAUAUAAAUGUAACAAAUUAUUAUUAUUAUUAUUAUUAGAAGGGACGAAAAUGUACAUGUGCUUAAGGCCUCAGAAGUGGGCGUGUAGAAAUGACCUGAAAGCGCCACCUGCAAAAUUUCAAGAGAACAGUCUUCCCGCUAAGAAAAACGUACAGAUUCAAAAUUUGGUAGGGUCAUCUAUCACAUCAAGACCUACAAAAAAGUCCCUUGGAACCAAGCUAUAAACCCCAGAGGAAGUCGGCCAUUUUGAAAUUUUCGCUGUGAUUUCUCUGCAAAUUGAUUUCUCCUAGAGAUUUCAUCAGAUCAUUAUCAUAUUUGGUCAGUCUCAUCCAGUGUUGGGAGUAACGCAUUACAAAAUAUAAUAUAUUACAGUAAUAUGUUAGUUUUUGCUGUAACGCAGUAAUAUAAAAUUUUGGUAAUAUUGUGCUCGCUACAGUCUCUUAGUAACGCGCGUUAUAACAAUGCAUUUUCAAAUUGUUAUUUUUAUUUUUUAUUUUUGACCGAUGCCUUGCGACCAGCAUCCACACAGGAUUCGGACGCGUGCGUGUCAAAUAUAGAUGCGCAUAGGUGUCAUUUACACUAGGGACGCUGGGGACAUGUCCCAACACUUUUUGAAAUGGCUGAUUUUGUCCCCACCACUUUUUGAAAGCAUUUGGUUAAAAUAUUUAGAAAAAUCUAAUAAUACACUGCAAAACUGACUUUCUUAGUAUUUUUGUCAUGUUUUCAGUACAAAUAUCUUAAGAUUAUUAAAUUAAGAUGCUUUUUCUUGAUGAGCAAAAUGACCUAAGAAAAUACAAUAAAACAAGCAAAAAUCUCUGCCAAUGGGGUGGGAAAAAAAUCUAAAAAUAAGAUUUAUUUUUCCUAAACACUUAAUUUAAGCAACAUUUUCUCACCCCCGUUGGCAGAUGUUUUUACUUGUUUUAAGCACAAAUUCACUUAAAUUGUAUAGUUUUUGUCUAAAAACUAGACUUAUUUUCUAACUACACUAGUCAACAUUCGAAGUGGAUCAAAACCAUUCAAAAAAGUUUACAUAAAACCAAUCCCUAAUACCCAUUCUUGUGUUAGGACAACUU